GAAGCAAGUGCUACCGUAAGAAGAAUUAAUAACAUGCCCACAUACAGAAGGGAAGAAAAGUUACAAAAGGAAAACCAUUGGAUUCAAAGCAAACAGUAAAGAAAAUGGACGCUCUGGGUGCUAAUUUGUAAGCAAUAGGGUUUGCGCAAUGCCGUUGAUGAUAAAUGGAAAAACAAAACCGAGCUUUAAGAUAACCAGCAAUGAUGAUGGAAAUUACAAGGCCAAGCCUCCUGCCAAGUUCAUUGAAAAAGAUGGAACUUAAAGCUUUCGAAAUUAGCCUGAAGGACAGAAAUUGUACAGAAGUUUUGAAUUCAACUGAAAUCCUCUUUUUCUUAUUCUUCGUUCUUCACUUUUACAAUGAGAUCCAUUUGCUAAUGUUUUUCUGGAUGAAUUUGUACACAAUCGAUCCAGCAAAACCCACUGUCUCCGUUUUGAAAAAUUUCGUUGUAAAAUGCUGUUCACUGCCAACCUUAAUAUCAGAGCACUCUGUAGAGAAGGGCAAUUGAUGGAGGCGCUACAUAUUCUCUCUUCUACACACAACCCAUCUGUAGACUGUUCUACAUAUCUCCAAGUAGUGCAUACCUGCAUUACAAAGAAAGCCUUUUCAGAGGGUAAGCUUGUCCACUCUUUCAUCAUUGACAGAGGACUGACAUUUACUGCAGCCACAUUUUUUCAAAACAAACUCAUCAAUAUGUAUGUCAAGUGCGGAAGUUUGAUGGAUGCUCGCAGAGUUUUCGACCACAUGAGAGAACCAGACGUUUUCUCGUGGAAUAUGAUGAUUUCAGCUUACAGAAGACGUGAGUUUCCUCAGGAAGCGUUAACCCUGUUUUGCCGAAUGCUACAAACAGCUACCAAGCCUGAUCAGUUCAUAUUUGCCAGCAUUCUUCCAGCUUGUGCUGAAUUGGGAGCUUUAGAACAGGGUAUGCAGAUACAUGAAAGGAUACUUGAAAGUGGGUUUUUAUUAGAUGUUGUAAUUGGGAGUACCCUCGUAGAUAUGUAUGCAAAAUGUGGAAGCAUACAGAAAGCAAGAGAAUUGUUUGACAAAAUGCCUCAACGAGAUGUUGUUUCAUGGAAUGGGAUGAUUACAGGAUAUGCACAAAAUGGUGUUCUUGACGAGGCUUUAAGGCUUUUCAAAAAUAUGCCUCAACCGAAUCUGGUGUCAUGGAAUGCAGUUAUUGGUGGGUAUGUACAAAAUGGGUUGAGUGAAGAGGCUUUGGAAAUUUUUAGGCAAAUGCAACAAACCGGGGUUGAACCUGAUCAUUUCACCUUUGCCAGCAUCCUAUCAGCCUGUGCCAAAAUGGGAUCUUUGAAAAAGGGUAUGGAGUUUCUUCGAAGUAUAAUCGAAAGUCGAUUUUCAUCCAAUGUUAUGGUUGUCAACGCCCUGUUAGACAUGUUCGGCAAAUGUGGAAGCAUGCAGAAGGCUCGCGAUUUGUUUGACAAAUUGCAUCAUCCAAAUGUGGUUUCAUGGACUGCAAUGAUUACGGGGUAUGCUCAAAAUGGUUUCCUUGAUGAGGCUCUGAAGUUUUUUGAAGAAAUGCCUGAGCCAAAUGUCGUCUCAUGGAACGCAAUCAUUGCAGGAUUUGCGCAGACUGGCUUCGUCGAAAAAGCUUUAGAGAUUUUUCAGCAAAUGCAACAAUCAAGCGUCCAAGCGGAUCAGUUCACAUUUGCUAGCGUUCUUCAAGCCUGUGCUAAAAUAGGAGCUAUGAAACAGGGUAUGGAGAUUCAUCAAAGAAUAGUUGAAAACGGGUUUCUGUCAAAUGCUGUAGUUGCAAAUGGCCUGAUAGAUAUGUACGCUAAAUGUGGGAACAUACAGAAGGCACACAAGUUGUUUGACAAAAUGCAUCAUCCAGAUAUGAUCUCAUGGACUGCGAUGAUUGCAGGAUGUGCACAAAGUGGUCUUCUUGACGAAGCCUCGAGGUUUUUCCAACAAAUGCCUCAGCCAAACGUUGUCGCAUGGAAUGCAAUCAUUGCUGGAUAUGCACAAAAUGGGCUUGUUGAAAAAGCCCUGCAGAAUCUCAAACAACUGCAACAAACAGGUGUCCGGCCUGAUCAGUUCACCUUUGCCAGCAUCCUACCAGCCUGUGCCAAAAUGGGAGCUUUGGAGCAGGGUAUGGAGCUCCAUCAAAGAAUAAUCAAAAGUGGGUUUUUGUCAAAUGUCAUCGUUGCAAAUGCCCUGAUAGACAUGUAUUCCAAAUGUGGAAGCAUACAGAUGUCACAUGAGUUGUUCAACAAAAUGGAUCAUCCAAAUGUGGUUUCGUGGACUGCGAUGAUUGCAGGAUAUGCAAUGCAGGGCUAUGGAAAGGAUGCCCUCAAACUCUUUACACUAAUGACUCACUCCGGAACCUACCCCGACCGUGUAAGCUUUGUGUGUGUUCUGUUUGCAUGCAGCCAUAUAGGCUUAGUGGAUGAGGGCUGUAAAUACUUCAGUGACAUGAGUGACUCUUACUCCAUUGUGCCUACAAUGGAUCAUUAUGUAUGCAUGGUUGACCUUCUUGGCCGUGCUGGCUAUCUUGAGGAAGCUCUAAAAUUUAUCAUCAAAAUACCAAUUAAACCGGAUGUGGUUAUGUGGAUGUGUUUGCUUGGUGCUUGUAGAUCACAUAAGAAUACAGAAUUAGGAGAGUUUUUGGCAACUCUUCUUUUUGAAUUGGAUCCAAAAAAAUGCUGCACCAUAAGUUCUUCUGUCAGACAUCUAUGCAGAAGUGGGAAAGUGGGGUCAACAUCAAAAGUUAAGUAGAUUGAUGAAAGAUAUAUGAAUUGGAAAAACACCUGGGUGUGAUUGGAUUGAAGAGAAUAAAGUGUACAUGGAUUUAUUGUAGGAGACAGACCACACCCACAAACUUGAGAUCUGUGCAAAUUUAAAGAAACUAUCCUGGAAAAUGAAAGCAGAAUGAUAGAUUCCAGUUUCAAGACAGACUGAAUGAAUAAUGUAGAGGAUGAAGAGAAGAUAUUAUUACUCUGCCAUCAUAGUGAGAAGUUGACAAUUGCUUACAAGGUUACUAUUGCAAGAAUCUUCCUUAUGUGUUGACUACCACCCUGCGACAAGCUUUAUUUUAUCUUCAGGAUUGUUGCAAAAACGAUUGCGAGAGAUUGAAUGAUAUCAAACUUGGUGGAUAACAAGGUGCAUGAUAUCACUCGCUUUGGCACUUAAGAAUGAAUCGUGUUUUACUCUUGGUUUCUAAGAUAUGUUGCUCUCAAUUGUUUGGAGAGAUUUGUCAAACUCGUGGUGUAGAAUACUAUGGAGGGGCCAUACCAUUGAGAUUGUUUUACAGGAAACAGCAGCCGCGGAAUGAAAAGCUUGAAGUCAUCGUAGAAGAAUGGUAGAUGCGGAAGAAUGAAAUGGGAGAUACGAGCUUAAUUACAAUCCAAUACUUGGACAUGGUGAGGAGAGCAUAUCUUGAUAAUUGUAUACUGCAACCUUCAUCAUGCUUAUUGUUUUUUUGUCUGGACUAACUGUAACAUCUCGUGCUUAUGUUAGCUCUAGCAUUCAGUUCUUCCAUCUGGGAUUAAAAUAUAUCUACCAAUCGAUUCAUACAAAUUUUUAAUUUCCCUUGUGGAUCAAUUGCUUUCUUGAAGAGCUAAUAUGCCUGUAUUAUGCAGAAAUGUUAUUUUGGAUUAAUUUUAUUUC